ACUUAUAAUUAUAAUAAUAUGUUGAGAACUGAAAUGGCGAAGAGCAGAAGAGGAAGAAGAAGAAGAAGAAGAAGAAGGUGAUUUCUCAAUCUCCCAUCUCGUUUUCGUACUCAUCGAUCUCUCCUCGCUCCGGUAACGGGGUUUCUUGCGCUUCUUAGCUGAGAAAUUGACUUUUUUUUUUUCAAGGACUUGACGAGUGCUCGAUUGCAUGAAGAAGAUUCGUACUAGUUUGUUUUUGGUUCCUUUGCUUUUGGAUGUCUAGCAAAUGAAAGCAUGUGCUGUGGAUCAGAGAAAUUAAAACCUAAUUUCUCCACUCUGUAUCUUGUGUCUUCCAACAGUAACAGACCAGCUAACAUAGACAUGAAUAACUUGACUGUUGAAACUGAGGAUGCUUUUGCCAGCUUAUUGGAGCUUGCUGCCAACAAUGAUUUCGAGGGCUUCAAACUAUUAAUUGAGCGUGAUCCAUCAAGUGUUGAUGAUGUUGGACAAUGGUAUGGCCGCCAGAAGGGCUCAAAACAAAUGGUCUUUGAGAACAGAACUCCUCUGAUGGUUGCUGCUACCUAUGGUAGUAUUGAUGUCCUAAAGCUGAUUCUCUCUGUGUCUGAUGUUGAUGUAAAUUGUUCAUGUGGCCUCGAUAAAUGCACUGCUCUCCAUUGUGCUGCAUCAGGUGGGUCUGAGAAUGCUGUUGAUGUUGUGAAAUUGUUACUAGUAGCGGGUGCAGAUCCAAAUUUGGUAGAUGCCAAUGGUAGUCAUCCUAUUGAUGUUAUUGUUGUUCCUCCGAAGCUCCAGGAUGUGAAAUUUACCCUUGAAGAGCUCCUCGCAACCAAUGGUUCUGUUGGCGAUCGCAGCUUAAGGGUGUCAACAGCUACUUCAAAUUCGAAUUCUCCACUGCUUUCAUCUUCUCCAGAAAAUGGGUCCCCAUCAUCUAUUUCAGAUUCCACUUUUCCCAUGAAUUCGAAGUUCAAUGAUCUCCCUCCUUCAUCUGCAUCUGAAAAGAAAGAGUACCCAGUUGACCCAUCUUUGCCUGACAUCAAGAACAGCAUAUAUUCCACCGAUGAGUUCCGAAUGUUUUCAUUCAAGAUCCGGCCUUGUUCACGUGCCUAUUCUCAUGAUUGGACUGAGUGCCCAUUUGUUCAUCCAGGUGAAAAUGCUCGAAGAAGAGACCCAAGGAAGUUCCAUUAUAGCUGUGUUCCUUGUCCUGAUUUUCGAAAGGGGGCUUGCAGACGUGGAGAUAUGUGCGAAUAUGCACAUGGAGUUUUUGAGUGUUGGUUGCACCCGGCUCAGUACAGGACGCGGCUUUGUAAAGAUGGCACAAAUUGCAAUAGAAGAGUCUGCUUCUUUGCUCACACGCCUGAGGAGCUCAGGCCAUUAUAUGUCUCUACUGGAUCUGCUGUACCAUCGCCUCGUUCAGGUUCUGCCACUGCGAUGGACAUUGCUGCAGCCAUGAGCCUGUUGCCUGGCUCUCCGUCAUCAGUUUCUGCCAUGCCCCCUUCACCAUUUACUCCACCGAUGUCUCCAUCUGCACCUGGGGUUUCACACUCCUCCAUGGCUUGGCCCCAACCAAAUGUUCCAACCUUGCAUCUACCAGGAAGCAAUUUUCAGUCCAGUCGCUUGAGAUCGUCCCUUAGUGCUAGAGAUAUUCCAGCUGAGGACUUUAAUUUGUCAUCAGAUUUUGAUGUACAGCAACAGCAGCUCCUCAGUGAAUUAUCCUAUCUUUCUCAGACAAAUAUGAAUUCUAAUUCUUUGAACCGUUCCACUCGUACAAAAAACCUAACACCUUCAAACUUAGAAGAUUUCUUUUCUGCUGAGGGCUCAUCUCCUCGCUAUUCUGAUCAGUUAUUGGCUUCGGCUAUGUACUCCCCAACACACAAAUCAGCAGUUUUCAAUCAAUUUCAGCAGCAACAAAGCAUGUUGUCACCGAUCAACACAAAUUUUUCCCCCAAGAAUGUGGACCACCCUCUGUUACAGGCUUCCUUUGCCGUUCCAUCUUCAGGGAGAAUGUCCCCUAGAAGUGUGGAACCUAUCUCGCCAAUGGGCUCUCGAGUUUCAGCUCUUGCACAACAUGAGAAGCAGCAACAGUUUCGCAGCCUUAGCUCUCGCGAUCUUGGAUCCAACUCUGCUGCCAUUGUUGGCUCACCUGUAAAUUCUUGGUCAAAAUGGGGAGCCACCAAUGGGAAGCCAGACUGGACUGUUAGCGCAGGUGAGUUGGGUAAGCUUAGGAGAUCAUCUUCGUUUGAACUUGGGCACAAUGGUGAGGAGCCUGAUCUAUCAUGGGUUCAAUCACUCGUCAAGGAGUCUCCCCCUGAGAUCAAAGAGAAUGUAGCAACCCCAGUCUCAAAUGUCGCAGAUGCUGCCUCUUCUGGUGAGGGGACGAGCUUGAACUCCCAAGUUGAAUCGGUUGAUCAUGCUUUGCUCGGUGCAUGGCUUGAGCAAAUGCAGCUUGAUCAGCUCAUGGCUCAGUAAAAACGGAAUUCUUUUUACUGAGCCAGACUAAAAACAGGGAAAUUUUUGGGAAAUAAUGUCCUUUUUUGGGUUUUGGAGGUAGAAAGUUACAAUCAAUGGAGGAAAGCAAGGGACAAAAGAAGGUCAAAAUUCAGAAGAAAAUUCAUUUUCUGUUUUUCACCAUUUAUUAUUAAUACAGCAGCAGUCAGUCAAGAAGUGUGAGAACACCUCUGGGUUAUAUUUGAAAAAUCAAGCCCAGGUAAAGUGUUUUUCUCUUCCUGUAGUUUCAAAUUUUAGGUAUAUUGUUGUCAUUUUUUUUUUUUUUGGUCUUCUGUGAUGAGGUUUAACAUGUUUCACAUUAAAAUGGAACCCGAGGCUUUGUUCCAUGAUAUUUCCCUUUAAUUCCUUGUUACCUCUGGGAAAAUCAAAGAACAAAAAAGGGGUGGUCGUGAAGAAGCCCUCUUCUUGAAGUUUUUGUAAUGUUUUGUAAUAUUCUGAUUUCAUAAUUUUGAAUCAAUAAUUGUGGUUGCCUGAAA